CCCAAGGUUCCCCCGGACGCCCGUCUCAGCCAGGCCAGCAGCAGCCUCAUUUGCCCCAUGGCCUUCGUGCUCUCUCUACUGACCGCCCUGGUGGUGUUCAGCUACGGCCCUGGUGGAUCUCUGGGCUGCGACCUGUCUCAGAACCACGUGCGGAUUAGCAGGAAGAACUUCAUGCUUCUGGGCCAGGUGCGGAGAAUCUCCCCUCGCUUCUGUCUGAAGGACAGAAAAGACUUCGGUUUCCCCCAGGACAUGGUGGAUGGCAGCCAGCUCCCGAAGGCCCAGGCCACCUCUGUCCUCCACGAGAUGCUCCAGCAGGUCUUCCGCCUCUUCCACACAGAGUGCUCCCCUGCCACCUGGGACACCUCCCUCCUGGACAAACUCCGCACUGGACUCCAUCAGCAGCUGGAGGACCUGGACGCCUGCUUGGUGCAGGCGAUGGGAGAUGAAGAAACUGCCCUGGGAGUGACGGGCCCUACACUGGCCGUGAAGAGGUACUUCCAGGGAAUCCACCUCUACCUGAAAGAGAAGAAAUACAGUGACUGUGCCUGGGAAAUUGUCAGAGUGGAAAUCAUGAGAUCCUUGUCUUCAUCAACCAACUUGCAAGAAAGGAUAAGAAUUAUGCAUGGAGACCUGGGGUCACCUUGAAAUGAUUCUCAUUGACUAAGAUGCCCUAUCACCCUUGCACACAUGUCUUUAGUCAUUUCAGAAGGCUCUUAUUUCAACUUUAAUCACAGAAUUUAUUGUAUUAAUUCAGCUACUACUUUGUCAGUAGUGAUAAGCAAGUAUAUGUUAAAAUUAUUCAGCUUCAGGGCAUCAGUCCCUAAGCAAUGACUACCCUGUUAUUUAUUUAUUCUGUUUAUUUGUUUAUUUAUUUAUUUAUGUAUCUUAUUUUUAUAUUUUCAUAUCAAUAUAUUUAU